ACUUUGAGCGUCGUAACUUCACAGAUGUUGUUUAUGCUCAAACAGCAACAUUACACACUAACUAAAGUUAAAAAAGUGAAAUCAUAAUCAACCAUCCCUUUAAAAAAAACGAUGACAGGAGACAUCAUCAGAAGUUGUUCCUCACGUUUUUUCUGCCUCAUAUUGAGUCCAGCAAUGAGUCUUCAUUCUUCAUGAGGAGAUGUUCGCUUUCACAUCAAGGAAUCAUUCCAGGCAUUUUAAACUCAAACACCAAACCAUAUUGAUUCAUAAUGUCGAGUGAAUCUGCUAUGAACCCCAAAUAUUCACUCAUAGUGUCAUUUCUGUUGCAUCUGAAAGGAUCACACAUUGACUCUAUGAUCCAGAUGUAUAUAUCCUGAUGGAUAUAUGUCAUGGAAACAGAUCAAAUAAUGGAGAAAAUCUUGCGGAUCCCAGUAAGGACUCCCAGUAUUGAAAUUAUUCCUAUAAGUGUGACCUAACAAUUCAUGGUCUAAAAGAGAUGAGCAAAGGAAACUCUACCUUUAAGUCAACUAUUCCACCAGAAUUCACUGUACAUGUCACAGAAUUUUCUUCAAACUCCACCAGACAUGACAUUUGACCUGGAGGACUGGUGAGACGGAUCUGAGAACACUUGUGUUUAUUUCAGGCUACACAGUAAAAUGGACCACAAAACUUCUGCAGAGGAAACUAUUGUUCUAUUUCAUGCUCUACGAAUGUCACAUGACAGUGCUGCCCCCUAGUGCACAUCGCAACAACAACAACAAUGUAUUGAGAUUCUUCAUCAGGAUGUUGCAGUGAUUGUAGUGAAACAUCUGAUCGUGACGAUGGGGAUUUUUGGGAACCUGGCCUGUACGGGUCAGGCCAACUGUUACAGCAACUCUUCCAAAGACUACUGCUACUCGGCCCGGAUCCGCAGUACUGUACUGCAGGGGCUGCCCUUCGGAGGGGUUCCCACGGUCCUCGCGUUGGACUUUAUGUGCUUCCUGGUUCUUCUUUUUGUCUUCUCCAUCUUACGGAAAGUGGCGUGGGAUUACGGCCGUCUGGCCCUGGUGACUGAUGCUGACAGACAGAAGAGAAGAUUCAACGGUCUGGAGGAGCGGGAGUAUGUGGCUUCAGCUCUACAUUCUGAAACGCCGGACCGUUAUGAACGUCUCACCUCCGUCUCCAGCUCGGUGGAUUUCGAACAGCGAGAUAACGGCUUCUGCUCCUGGUUGACGGCCAUAUUCAGAAUAAAGGACGAGGAGAUCCGGGAGAAGUGCGGUGAAGACGCCGUCCACUAUCUGUCCUUCCAGCGGCACAUCAUCGGUCUGCUGGUCGUGGUGGGCGUGCUGUCGGUGGGCAUCGUUCUGCCCGUCAACUUCUCAGGCAACCUGCUGGGUAAGUCCUUGAAGAACUGUGGAUUACUGGUUGUGGUUAUUGGCCAUAAGCUUCAGUAGAUGCCAUUAGACGCCAUUAUCAUCCAGUUAUGUCUGUGAGCCUCAUUAGCGCCGGCCGUGUCCGUCCCUCUGCCCUCGGCGCGCGAUAGAUUACUAUCAGAGAGGGUUAAUCCACAGAGCUCCGCUUGAGUAAUGAGAUUGAACUUCUAUCUGCUCGCCGGGUAAUUGGACUCCUGUUACGGGGACGGAGAGAGCAGCGAAAGACAGAAAAAUGAAUGGAAAGGGUCAAACAGAUGAGAGGACGCUUUGAGACGGGAAUAAUGUGGACAGAGUUCUGUCAGAAACAUGCUUCGUCUCUUAGACAGGGAAAGGCCGUUGUUGUAUUGUGUUUUUUGGCUCUAC